UUUGAGUGCUCUAAUCCAAACAAAACCACUUUCCGUUUAAUUCUUUUUUUAAUUAAAUAGAAAUAAAUCUCUCUCUCUCCAUCUCAUUGGAGACACUGCUUCUCUUUCUCUUGGUUCUCUCUCUUCUGAGCGUUUCCUUUUAGGUUCUCCGUUACUGAAAUCGAGAUUUUCAGCUCUGAUUUAGAGAUUGGUAUUGCAGAACAUUGGUGAAGCUUUCUGAAGAAGACUAGACGGGGAAAGCGAACCAUAAAAGAGAAAUUUCCUGAUUUUAAAAUUUUGGGUGCAAGAUGACUCCUUGUCUUAAUGUUCUUGACAAGGAAAACUAAUUGAAAAUUCAAAGAGAAGAUGACAAGGCGGCGGUGGAGAGAGUCUAUAAAAUCAUUCUUUGGUAGUCAUAUUGAUUCAGAGCAAGAUGAACAGCUAAAAGGCACUAAAACAGAAAUUGAGAACAAAGUAAAGAAGAUCUUGAAGCUUCUCAAAGAGGAAGACGUCGAAGAAAAUGAUGGGCUCUCAGUAGAAAACUCCAAAAAAGAACCUCUGGUUGAGCUAAUUGAGGAUUUCCACAAACAUUACCAAUUGCUUUAUGAACAAUAUGAUCAUCUGACUGGAGAGCUAAGAAAGAAAUUUCAUGGGAAACAAGGAGCAGAGACCUCUUCAUCGAGCUCAGACUCAGAAUCUGAUUAUUCUUCCAAAGACAAAGGAAGUAAAAAUGGAAAACUCGAAAGUGAAUAUCAGAAGAUAACAGAUGUCAUAAAGCAAGAACUUGAAAUGAAAAAUCUAGAAGUUGCAGAACUGAAGGGUAAGUUUACUGCUACCACUGAAGAAAAGGAAGCUUUAAAUUUGGAACAUCAGACAGCUUUAAGCAAAAUACAAGCAGCAGAGGAGAUCAGUAAAAAGUUGAAGUUUGAAGUUGAAAGACUAGAUGUGGAGAAAGAAAAACUUUUGGUUGAGAAUGGAGAGUUGAAGCAAAACCUUGAUGCUUCUGGCAAUAUAGAAGCAGAACUGACCAAGAGAUUGGAGGAGAUGAGCAAAGAGAAGGAUAACUUGAUUGUGGAGAAAGAGAAUGCUAUUAGAAGGAUUGAGGAAGGAGAGAAAACAAUAGAAGAGUUAAAAAUUGUUGCUAAUCAACUGCAAGAAGAGAAGGUAGUUCUUGGGCAAGAACUAGAAAGUUCCAGAGCAGAAGUUGCCAGUAUGAAGCAGCAACUAGAAUAUGAAGAGUUGCAAGUGUCAGAUUUAAGCCAAAAAUUGACACAUUCUGAUGAAGAAAAUAAAUCUCUUGCCUCGUCAAUUUUGGUACAGAAUUCAAGAUUGGAAGAUAUGACCAGAGAGAAAGACAACCUGCUAAUGGAGAAAGAGACUGCUGUGAGAAGAAUUGAAGAGAUAGAGAAGACUAUUGAAGACUUAAGAACCUUGGCUGAUCGAUUGCAGGAUGAGAAAACAACGCUGGGGCAAGAAAUAGAAACUGUUAGAGAGGAACUUUCCAGCAGGAAGCAGCAAAUGGAAUCUACAGAGCAGAUGGUAUCAGUUCUUAAUCACAGUUUGGAAGUUGCUGAUGAAGAAAAAGUAAUUCUUGGGCAAGAACUAGAAAGUUUUAGAGCAGAAGUUGCCAGCAUUAAGCAGCAACUAGAAUCUGCAGAGCUGCAAGUGUCAGAUUUAAGCCAAAAGUUGACACAUUCUGAGGAAGAAAAUAAAUCUCUUACCUCGUCAAUUUUGGUUCUGAAUUCAAGAUUGGAAGAUAUGACUAGAGAGAAAGACAAUGUGCUCACGGAGAAGGAGACUGCUGUGGGAAGAAUUGAAGAGGUAGAGAAGACUAUUGAAGAAUUAAGAACCUCGGCUGAUCGAUUGCAGGAUGAGAAAACAACGCUGGGGCAAGAGAUAGAAACUGUUAGAGAGGAACUUUCCAGCAGGAAGCAGCAAAUGGAAUCUACAGAGCAGAUGGUAUCAGAUCUUAGUCACAGUUUGGAAGUUGCUGAUGAAGAGAAGGUAGUCCUUGGGCAAGAAAUAGAAAGUUUUAGAGCAGAAGUUGCUAGUAUGAAGCAGCAACUAGAAUCUGCCGAGAUGCAAGUUUCAGAGUUAAGCCAAAAAUUGACACAUUCUGAGGAAGAAAAUAAAUCUCUUACCUCGUCAAUUUUGGUACAGAAUUCAAGAUUGGAAGAUAUGACUAGAGAGAAAGACAGCCUGCUCACAGAGAAAGAGACUGCUUUGAGAAGAAUUGAAGAGAUAGAGAAGACCAUUGAAGACUUGAGAACCUUGGCUGAUCAAUUGCAGGAUGAGAAAACAAGGCUGGGGCAAGAAAUAGAAACUCUUAGAGAGGAACUUUCCAGCAGGACGCAGCAACUGGAAUCUACAGAGCAGAUGAUAUCAGAUCUUAAUCACAGUUUGGAAGUUGCUGAUGAAGAGAAGGUAGUCCUUGGGCAAGAAAUAGAAAGUUUUAGAGCAGAAGUUGCUAGUAUGAAGCAGCUACUAGAAUCUGCCGAGAUGCAAGUUUCAGAGUUAAGCCAAAAAUUGACACAUUCUGAGGAAGAAAAUAAAUCUCUUACCUCGUCAAUUUUGGUACAGAAUUCAAGAUUGGAAGAUAUGACUAGAGAGAAAGACAGCCUGCUCACAGAGAAAGAGACUGCUUUGAGAAGAAUUGAAGAGAUAGAGAAGACCAUUGAAGACUUGAGAACCUUGACUGAUCAAUUGCAGGAUGAGAAAACAAGGCUGGGGCAAGAAAUAGAAACUCUUAGAGAGGAACUUUCCAGCAGGACGCAGCAACUGGAAUCUACAGAGCAGAUGAUAUUAGAUCUUAAUCACGGUUUGGAAGUUGCUGACGAAGAAAAGGUAGUUCUUGGCCAAGAACUAGAAACUUUUAGAGCAGAAUUUGCCAGUAUGAAGCAGCAACUAGAAUAUGCAGAGUUGCAAGUGUCAGAUUUAAGCCAAAAAUUGACACAUUCUAAGGAAGAAAAUAAAUCUCUUACCUCGUCAAUUUUGGUACAGGAUUCAAGAUUGGAAGAUAUGACUAGAGAGAAAGACAGCCUGCUCACAGAGAAAGAGACUGCUUUGAGAAGAAUUGAAGAGAUAGAGAAGACCACUGAGGACUUGAGAAUCUUGGCUGGUCAAUUGCAGGAUGAGAAAACAAGGCUGGGGCAAGAAAUAGAAAUUCUUAGAGAGGAACUUUCCAGCAGGAGGCAGCAACUGGAAUCUACAGAGCAGAUGAUAUCAGAUCUUAAUCACAGUUUGGAAGUUGCUGACAAAGAAAAGGUUGUUCUUGGGCAAGAACUAGAAAGUUUUAGAGCAGAAUUUGCCAGUAUUAAGCAGCAACUAGAAUCUGCAGAGCUGCAAGUGUCAGAUUUAAGCCAAAAAUUGACACAUUCUGAGGAAGAAAAUAAAUCUCUUACCUCAUCAAUAUUGGUACAGAAUUCAAGAUUGGAAGGUAUGACUAGAGAGAAAGACAACAUGCUCAUGGAGAAAGAGACUGCUGUGAGAAGAAUUGAUGAGAUAGAGAAGACUAUUGAAGACUUAAGAACCUUGGCUGAUCGAUUGCAGGACGAGAAAAUAAUACUGGGGCAAGAAAUAGAAACUCUCAGAGAGGAACUUUCCAGCAAGAAGCAGCAACUGGAAUCUGCAGAGCAAAAGUUAUCAGAUCUUAAUCACAGUUUGGAAGUUGCUUGUGAAGAGAAUGCUUCUCUAACCUUAAAAGUUUCAGAAAUUUCAAAUGAGAUUCAGCUGGCACAUAAUACAAUACCAGAACUCCUGUCUGAAUCAGGUCAACUAAAGGAGAAAUUGAUUGAGAAGGAAAGGGAGUUAUCAUCUCUUGCAGAGACGCACAAGGCACAUGGUAAUGAAUCAUCAGCUCAGAUAGAGCAAUUAAAGGCUCAAGUGACUGGCCUGGAACUGGAGCUGGAGUCAUUGAGAGCCCAGAAUAGAGAUAUGGAGGUGCAGAUUGACAGCAAAGUGUCUGAAGUAAAAGGAGUGAAAGAAGAUAACUUAAUACUAAAGGCCCAAAUUUCAGAACUUGAAAUGAUGUCAAAAGAGAGAGGAGAUGAACUGUCUGCUCUCACAAAGAAACUUGAUGUUAAUGAGAAAGAAUCAUUGUCUAGAGUCGAAAGCCUGACAUCACAAGUCAACACUCUUCUAGCAGACUUGGAAUCUUUACACACACAGAAAGCAGAGUUGGAAGAACAUAUGAUAAUUAAGGGAAAUGAAGCAUCAAUUCAAGUCAAGGGUCUCAUAGAUCAAGUUAGUGAGUUACAACAGCAACUGGAGUCCUUGCAAAAUGAGAAAGCUGAACUGGAAGUGCAACUGGAGAAAAAAACUCAAGAAACUUUCCUGGUUCAGCUUCAGAUGGAAAAUCUGAAAGAGGAGAUAGCACACAAGACUGAAGAUUAUCAGAGAAUGCUUGGGGAGAGAGAAAACUUGACAGUGCAAAUGAAAAAUCUGGAAUUGGAGGUGGAGAAUUUACACAACCAGAAAAUUGAUCUUGAAGAGCAAGUAAGAACUGAAAUCAAAGAAAGGGGGACGUUAGAAGAGGAAAUGCUGGGGUUACAGAAUAAAAUUUUUGAAUUGGAAAGAACAUCAACAGAGAGAGGGCUAGAGUUCUCUGCGCUCCAGGAGCGACAAGAAAAAGGAGAGACUGAAGCUUCUGCUCAGAUAAUGGCCUUAACUUUACAGGCUGACAAUCUGCAACUGGAAUUAGAUUCCUUACUGGCUGAGAAAAAUCAAUUGCAGUUGCAGCUUGAGAAAGAGAAACAAAUAUUUUCAGAAAGCCAGACAGAAAUGGAAAAUCAGAAGUCUCAGUUCAUAAGCAAAAUUGCAGAUCAGCAAAAAAUGCUGGCGGAACAGGAGGAGGCAUACAAGAAGCUGAGUGAGGAGUACAAGCAAGUGGAAGGUUGGUUCCAGGAGAGCAAGGAAAAUCUCAAAGCAGUUGAAAGGAAAGUAGAAGAAAUGGCAGAAGAAUUCCAGAAGAAUACUGAUUCCAAAGAUCAGAUAGUUGCUGAAAUGGAAGAAACAAUUGAGGACCUGAAAAGAGAUCUUGAAGUAAAAGGAGAUGAUUUGAAUACGUUGGUUGAGAAUGUCCGCAAUAUUGAAGUUAAGCUCCGGUUGUCGAACCAGAAGCUCCGGGUCACGGAACAAUUACUAGCUGAGAAGGAAGAGAGCUCUAGGAAAGCAGAAGCAAGUUAUCAGCAAGAGCUGAGAGUGCUGGAGGAAAGGAUUGCUACGUUGUCUGGGAUAAUAGCUGCUACCAAUGAAGCUUGUAAGAGGAUGGUCACAGAUAUUUCAGUGAAAGUAAACGGUACUUUGACAGGAGUAGAAGCUUUGACCCAAAAAUUUGAAGAGGAAUGUGACAACAAUGUACAGUGUAUUUUGGGAAUGUCAAAUGAGAUUCAGAUUGCAAAAAAUAGGCUAAUAGAGAUGAAGAAUGAGAAGAGACAACUUGGACAAGAAGUAGGCGAUCUAGUACUGCAACUGCAAGUUACAAAAGAACGGGAAUCAGCAUUGAGAGAGAAGGUUGAACAACUAGAGAUCAAGGUGAAAAAGGAUGAAGGGGAGAUAGAUAACUUAACUAUAGCUGUCAACCAAUUGGAGGAAAAGUUGGCAGCAUCAGAGAAGUUGAUGAAAGAGAGGGAUGAAAGUAUAUUAGACCUGGGAGAGGAGAAGAGGGAGGCAAUAAGGCAGCUGUGCUUGUGGAUUGAUUAUCACCGCAGCCGCUGUGAUUAUCUCAGAGAAAUUCUGUCGAAGAUGCCUGUGAGAGGCCAGAGGGUGGCUUAGAAAUCGAUAUUUCUUAUCCCUGUACAUUCAACUGGGUAUUUUGUGGCAUAUAAUGUUUUCAUUGCUUCAUUUUUUAUAAAGGCAUUGUGAAUGUCAACAUAUUUAGGUGAUGGUUGAACGUUACUAGUUAUCAUAUAUCGUAAGGCUUGCUUGCAUUCGAUUCA